AUGUCGAACAACGGACAACCGCCGGUGGAUUCAGCGCGGGCCCCUCCAACCAUUGGGUCUUCAACCUCGUCGACACCGGGUGUUCCGGGGCCCUCCAGCAGUAACGAUUCAAAUUUAAAGUCGCGACGACGCCGACGUGGCGCUGACCCGGAAUCUCAAUCCAAGAACCAGUCAUUCUAUUUUGUCGAUUCAACCUCGUCCUCGAAGGAAAAGCGGGCACAUGUGAUGAGACACCAUGUCCAGGAGAAAAGGAAGCACCGCAAACUUUCACAUGGAAGCUUGCAGCCGGAACAGGCUCCGGGGCCACCAGUCUGGCCAGUCAGGACCGAUUCAGGAUACGAUACGGACACUCCCAAGGAGGCGGCCAUGACCGGCGUGCCAGGGCCUGCUACUGAGCAGGAAUCAUCGUCCCUCAAGCUCCAGAUCCGAUUUUCGACUGGGAUGCCGUAUGCCCGGGAAACGGUACCGUUCAAAAUGGAAUCACCCGGGACAAUGCUCGAUACAUCGCAAAGGGAUCCCUUCUCCGGCUUACACAAUGCUCCUACUUCUCAAGAUAUGGAAUUGGAGGCCUACUGGACGACCAAAUUGUCCUACUGGUCCGGUCAGAAUCCUUACGUGAAAAAUCAAAUCUUCCAAACGGCCAUGGAACAUCCUUUUCCUUUUCAAGCUGUGAUCCUUGUAUACUGUGCGAGAUGGAAAGCCCAGCUGUAUGGGCACAAAGACUCCGAGGAAGUCCAGCGACACGUCGGACAGGCCAGAAAGAACAUCCAAGACGCUACAGCGGGUGUGUUCAAAGUGCACGACGACUAUUUAGCCAUGGCCUUGGCAGGCAUGGCUCUAUCGGAGGAGCGAUUCGGAAGUCGCCAAGAUGCACACGCAUACCUUGAGCGUGCCGUUGGGAUUAUGCGCCCACGUCCUGGUUCGAACCCUCCCGUUGAAGUGCUGGUCCAUUACGUGCGGUAUAUUAUACCACCACAAUCUCCUACCAUAACCCCGGCCAACCAGCGCUGGCUGGUCACAUUCCUUCGGGAAGCGCAAGACCUAAUGGAAAGGCACAGCGCGCCCGAAUACCAACCCCAAUCAUCCCACCGACGAACUGCAUUCCAGAUGGAAAGCCCGCUCUUCUCCCUACUCUCCAGCGGACCCCGUCCCUCGCAGGUCCCGCAGGCAUCACGGAUGUACGUGGUCCGCGAUGGGCAGACCCAGGAGGCCAGCCGGACGGCCGCACUUAUCUACAUCACAGCGGCAUUGUGGGACUUUAAAGAUUCGAUCAGCAAGACUCAUCGAUUCCUUGCAUACCUGACUGCCCUGGUCGAGAAGCACCAGCUCGACCGACAUCCUGCCUGCGAGACUCUGCUAUGGCUGUUAUUGGAGCAAUCGUGCGAUGCAGACUUGCGGGAUCCUGAACGAGCAUGGUCAACUGGUGACCUGCUUCUGGCACAGAGGCAGCUGCGGCCAGAUCUGCAGUUUCAUUUCAAUGAGCUUUUAAUGUCCUUUUUAUCCCUACAGUCGCCGAUUCGGGGAAUUGGCGUUUUUGAGGCUGAACUCAAAGCAUGUCCCGGGGCUAUUAGUAGCAGUCCUUCGCAUAAAUGA